AUGACCUCACUAGACUUAUUCGAUACUCCCUGGUUCUUCUUCCAAUCAUUAGCAGGUCCCGAGUACAAUAUAGGUAUUCCGGAAAUAACCUUCGAUCUCUUCAAACAAGCAGUUCUCCCGAGCGUCGAGGAGUCUUCAGUCGAAAAAGCAUACCAAAAACUUCGAGAACGGGGCAUCUUGAUCGAUGAAGGCUGGAAAGAGCUAAAUUUCGGUGUGGUUGAGCAGGAGCAAGAGUCGGAGGAGGAGGAAGAGGAGGAGCUGAAGGUUGAGGUACAGAAGAAGGAGUCGCUUUUCUAUGCACCUCUUUUCGAUGGCUUAAACAGUGUCAUGGGGGCUGAUUCUACCGUCAAAUUUUCAAAUAAUCCUGACAAACAUAUGCUUUUCGAAGGCGAUCAUUCACACUAUAAAGCGAACAUCAACGGCCUUCUCACCAAAACCACAGCAGUUUUCCCUAUUGCAAAAGGAGAAGAAUACGAGUACGAUGUCUUUAUGACGGGGGAACUGAAGAAGAGGUCCACGCCGGACACUGUCGAUGAUAAUAACAAGAAAGUUUUGUCUAAUGCGACACAUAUUAUGGGUGCUGAUCCCACACGUCGAUUCAUGUUUGACUUAACGAUUGAUAAAUUUAAUGUUCGACUAUGGUUCUUCUCCCGGUCGCAUGUAUUCGUUACAGAGGCGAUGAAUUUGCAUAUGUCCCUCAGCGGAGCCUGUCGGGAGGAGCUAGGAUAUGACCCUACAGUUAGGAGAGUACAGGGAAAGGACAGAACUGGUCCAUGCUAUAUCUUCACUAUCGACGGCAAGCAAUACAUUACAACGGAAGCUAUCACCGUUCGAAAGGCGAAAUUUCUGUUCGGGUGCGCUGCUCGUGUAUUCAAAGUUCAGCAGGUUCUAAAUGACGAAGGAGACCUUGAUGCCGAGGUCAAGGUGAUCAAAGACUAUUGGUUACCUGAGGACUCUUGCACGGAACUAGAAAUUCGUUUGGCUAUCGAAGCUAAUGUUCAGAAGGUUAAUGCCGUCCCAAACCUAGACCGGAGCGCUUUCAAUAAAUACUUUGUCAGGAUUGAAGCCUGCGAGAAAGUUCCCGUACCCUCUACAACUGAGAAGGGACAGACUCCUGACUCCACAUCGAAUUUUCUUCGGGGACAAACUCUUCCUUCAGACAUCAAGCGUAUCACAGUUUCAACACAAUCCUCAACUUACCAACGAGUAAUGAGUGUGAGCAUUCCAGCCUCAAUCAUGAUGGAGUCUGGAGCGGAACGCCAACGACGUCAGGAAACUGUUAUCCGUGAAGCCACGGCUACCCAUCUUGCGAGACUCGAUCGUAGGACCUACGCACCCAAAGUCCAUUGUCGACAACUAUCGGAGUAUGCGGGAAAACCGCUGGAUCAGAUGAUGGACUGGGAUAUCAUUUUGAAGGCAUUAGAAUCGCUAAUUAUCGCUCUUUCAUAUAUGCAUUCUGCUGGCUUUGUUCAUCGCGACAUCAGCGCUGCGAAUGUGUUGCCAGGAAUUCAAUCUGGAACAUCAGAUGUCAAAACAGGCACAGAGUUUUUCAUGCCUGUCGAAGUUAUGACAGGCAGAUACCUGUUUAGACCUCCAACACACAAAUUUAACUUUGAGCGCGUGCCAUCCUUUCCAUUUUGGUAUCACUAUAUCCAUGACAUCGAGUCAGUGUUGUGGGUUUUCACCUACUUUCUCCUGACAAAAUGGCCAGCUUCCGAGUCUCCUCCAAGUGAGGAACAACAGAAUGCUCGGGAUGAGUUUUUCUCUCGUGCUUUUAUCUUUGGAAAGCGCAAAGAGUUUAUAGACGGUGAUAUGGAUAUGAAUAAUCGCGCUGUAGCAAGCACGCUACCGAACUUUUAUUCUGAUUGGGCAUGGGCUUCACAUUUUGCUGAAGUUGUGAAGAAAAAGUGUUGUGCACUGCAGCAGUCAUUACCAAUUGAUUUCAAGAAUGCUUUUCAUCCUUCCCUGUGCUCAGAUUUCCAGCAGGCAUUCAUUCAUUGUGCGACAGAAGGCUGGACAGGAGCAGUUACUCAUCGCGGUCGCGCCAAACAAUCAGCCGAAGACGAUUCGGAGAAGGAGACCAAGAAGUCGAAAGUUACUUAG